UCAUAACACUAUUCGAAACCCCUUCUCUACAAAAAAUCAGUAUUUGGCGCAGUCAUUAUACUUUAACCAUAUCAUAUAAAAGACUUAUCAUCAUCCCAAACUGCAUCAGUUGCAUCUUUGAGUAGAUCAAAUCAUAACUAACAUGUUCAAGUUUGUUGUUUUCGCCGCUGCCAUUGCUUUGGCCGUUGCUCAACACCAUGGUGGCACUCCUGAUGGAACCGCUGAAAUUCGCAGCUUUGGCAGUGAUGUAAGCCCCGAUGGUUCAUACCACUUCUCUUAUGAAACAUCUAAUGGAAUCGCUGCUCAAGAACAAGGUGUAGGUGGCGUCCAAGCCGCUGGAGCUGCUUCCCAUACCUCACCUGAAGGAAUCCCAAUCAAACUCACCUACACUGCUGAUGCUGAUGGAUUCCAUCCAGAAGGUGCUCAUCUUCCAGUUCCACCACCACCGCAACCAAUCCCAGACUACAUUGUCCGAUCCUUGGAAUGGAAUGCUGCCCAUCCUUACAAAGAAGAACUUCCCGGUAAACCCUUCUAAGAGGAAGAGAUGAUUUUUGUUGUCAUGAAUGUCUGAA